CUUCUCCGCUUGGAAGGAGAAGGAAUUGUUGUUGCAUUCGGCGGGGUAUCUCAAGAAGUCUCUUUCACAAUAUAUAUUUAAGCUUCCUUUUUGCGCUCUCUCUAUCUUCUAAUAUUUUAUAGGGUUUAUUUGGCGGUUCCUGGCUUCUCGGGUUUCAUCUCUGGCGUCUUUUAAAUAUUGAUUUUGAAUGAGCUAAUGGAAACCAAAGGUGGUAAAAAGAAGUCUAGCAGUAGUAGUAAAUCCUUGUUUUACGAAGCUCCCCUCGGUUACAGCAUUGAAGACGUCAGGCCUCACGGUGGAAUCAAGAAAUUCAGAUCUGCUGCAUACUCUAACUGCAUCCGAAAGCCAUCCUGAGAUUCUCUAAGUUUUGACAUAACCCCAUUAAGCUUUCUCUUUCUGCUAUUUUAAUUUUUUCUUUUCUUAUCAAUUCUUCAAUUUGCUUGGCUUGUUUCUUUUCUGCUUCCUUCGUACUCUUUCGUUCUUGCUCUUGCACUCUUUGCAAUCAUCGUUUCUUUUUGCUGUCUGUAAGGCAAGAUGGAAUUGCCAGUAUCUGCAAUUGGAUUUGAAGGUUUUGAAAAGAGGCUUGAGGUUUCAUUUUUCAAGCCUGGUGUCUUUGCUGAUCCUGAAGGUGCUGGUUUUCGCACUUUCUCCAAAGACCAACUGGAUGAGAUACUGAAACCAGCUGCAUGCACUAUUGUUUCCUCAUUGUCUAACGAGUAUCUUGAUUCUUACGUGCUCUCGGAAUCUAGCCUCUUUGUGUACCCCUACAAAGUUAUCAUCAAAACUUGUGGUACUACAAAGUUGCUUCUCUCAAUCCCUGCCAUUCUUAAGUUGGCUGAUUCACUCUCCCUCAAGGUUCAAUCCGUGAGGUAUACUCGUGGAAGCUUCAUUUUUCCUGGAGCCCAGCCUUUUCCACAUCGUAGUUUCUCUGAAGAAGUAGUUGUCCUGGAUGGUCACUUCGGCAAGUUUGGUUUGGAGAGCACUGCUUAUGUGAUGGGUAGUCCUGACAACACCAAGAAAUGGCAUGUUUACUCUGCCUCUGCUAAAACAGAAAAAUACUUAGACCCAGUUUACUCUCUUGAAAUGUGCAUGACUGGCUUAGACAAGAAGAGGGCAUCUGUCUUCUACAAAACUGAGGCAAGCUCAGCUGCUCAGAUGACUGUUGAAUCUGGUAUCAGGAAGAUUCUUCCAAAAUCUGACAUAUGUGAUUUCGAGUUUGACCCUUGUGGCUACUCUAUGAAUAGCGUUGAAAGGGAUGCUAUAUCGACCAUACAUGUCACACCUGAAGAUGGUUUCAGUUAUGCAAGCUUUGAAACCGUUGGAUAUGAUUUUGAGAUCGACCAGUUGGUCCCCAUGCUGGAGAGGGUCCUGGCCUGCUUUAAGCCAGCUGAGUUUUCUGUUUCUUUGCAUUCUGACAUUGUUGAAGAACUUGCAACAAAGUUCCCUGUGGACUUAAAGGGAUAUGCUCUUGGAGAACAGAGUUUUCAAGUGCUUGGUAAUGGUGGCUCGCUGAUCUACUACAGCUUUACCAGAGUUGACGGUUCUUCAUCUCCCAGGUCCAUUCUGAAAUGCUGCUGGAGCGAGGACGAGAAGGACGAGGAAGUUGAGGGAAACAAUUCCUCAUUUGAUAUUGUUUGUUGUUUUUAAUUUUUCCUUAAUUGCUUUCAAUAAAAAUAAAAUGUUGUUUUAUGGGGUUAUGUAAUAGUUGUAGGGUUUUGGCAACUUUGCUUGCUGGAUCUCUAGUUUACUGUUUAAGAUAUUCUGGACAAGAUUUAUGUCCUUAGAUUUGCAGACAUAGUGCUGUUAAAUCAUUACCUAUCUAAAUAAAUGAUUUGUGUUGCUUAUGCUUUAAA